AUGCCGUUCUGUCUCACCUUCAUCGACUUGAAGAAGGCCUUCGACUUGAGAGUUGAGACGGAAGCGCUCGUGGAAGCCUUUGACAACCAAGGGUUCUCUACUCAGUACAUAAAGAAGACCAGGAACACCCGGCUCCGUGCCCACCUCUUCAACACCACCGUACUUCCUGCUUUGACCUAUGCUUCGGAAACCUGGGCAUUUCGCAAGCAGGAAGAAAACGCGACCAGAGCCGUGAACGACUGGGUUCCCCGCGAUGUUAGGCGCACUACAGGAGGACCGCCGACCCGAUGGUCAGAUUUCUUCACAAAGUCCUUCAAAGAAAAAUAUGAUGUUCUUCGUGUCCCACGCGAAAGGAGGAACCACUGGGCUACUCUGGCACGCGAUCGGGACAAAUGGGAGAAUUACUGGCCCCCGCUCGACCAGUUCGAAGAUCAACGGGAGUCGAGGUAA